AUGUUCAAGUACAUCGCUCUCUUCGCCUUCGUGGCUGUGGCCCAGGCUUCCACCAAUGUGCACACAUGCCGAGUGUUUACGGGCGCGCUCCCGUCAGCCACCACUAUCGAGGGGUGCCGCAACCCACCGUGUGACCUGCCUCAAGGAAGAAAUGCUGUCAUCCACAUGUCUUUCAAUGCACCCCGCAACAUAAACUCGAUGCGCACGCUGGCCACGGCGUUCCUCGGCAAUGUGGGUGUGCCGUACCCGCUCGGUAACAACGAGGUGACUUGCAACUUCAUCACCAACACGCGCUGCCCCCUCAGAGGCGGCCAGCAGGUGCACUACACGCUGCGCAUGUUCAUCGAGAGGAGCUUCCCCGUGGGCACAUCAACAACAGUAGAAUUCCGCAUUGUGGACCAACAGAACCAACCUGUGGUGUGUGUGCGUGUGCCCAUCAGGAUCACAGCGUCCCGCGAGCUCGACUAUGUGCCACAGAUUGACGAGAAUGUACAGAUUGAAGAGAGCAAUUAA